UAGCUUAUUAAUAGUUCCAUAUCGAUGUCUAGGUUUGUCCAAAACAAUUGUAAAGUUUCAUAUAUGAUUGCUUUAACACUCACCAGGUCUUCCAUAGUGGUUUAAAAUAGAAACCUUUGAACAUAUAUCAUAAAAAAAAGAGGCGGUGACAGCAUUGUUAGUUUUAUCCAAACAAAGAUGGCGUCGUCCUUGAGCAGUGCGGAGUGCGUCAGGCUUCUGGCAGUCUUUAGCAGGUUUAAUACUUUGAGGAUUUCUCCAUCAAGCAGAUCUCUUCAUGUUACUGCAGUCUGCUGCAAGAACCAAGCUGCUCGUGUCCGAGUGGGGAAAGGAGACCGACCCGUGACCUACGAGCGGGCUCUGAAACCGCACCACAUCGGCCACCGCAAAGGAUGGCUGUCGCAGCAUACCAGUAACCUCAAAGGAGAAGACGGAGCAGCAGACCGGGCCGUGGAGGACAUGUUCAUAAGGAGGUUCAUGUUCGGGACCUUCCACGGCUGCCUGGCCAACGAGGUGGUGAUCAAGAGGCGGGGCAACAUGCUGACAGUGUGCGCCUUAAUGCUACAAAAGAUGCCGCCGCAUAAAUUCUACUUUUUAAUCGGCUAUUCGGAGUCCAUGCUGUCGCACUUCUACAAAUGUCCCGUCACGUUGGACAUUCAGACGCUGCAGGAGACUCAAGUCUACAAGUAUCUGUGAUCAAGAGACUUGUUUCUUCACUUCCUGUUUGCUGUCACGAAACGCUGACGGUUGCUGUUCUUUUCUGCAACUCGUGUGUCCGCUCACGUGAUAUUUUGAACAUCAUCGGUCACACAAUCUUUGUGUGCGUAAUAAAGAACUCGAGGGUU